GUCCUUACAUCUUCAUGUCGAUUCCACACAGUAACAUCGACGUUACAGUCGAAUAGUCGCCAUGUGGCUGAGUCGAAUUCGCCAUUGCUCCGAGUUUUGGGCUCUCUCGGAGGCUCGAAUCAGCGGAACUCUUAUUUAUCCCGAAGAUUUUUCUGUUCGGACUCCACUGACGGGUCCGAGGCUGAGCCCGGGUCAGAGGCUAAACGGGUCGAAGUAGCAGGUGAAGAGGCCGAUUCCAAUUCUUCUUCGGCCAUUGUACCCACUGUAUUCAAACCUGAAGAUUGUCUCACGGUCGGUGUGUUUAUGUGCACAUAA